GCGCAUGGGUAAAAAAGCAAAUUUGUCGCGAAAGUCGCGAAAUUUUUGUGCGCUAUUUUUCGUCCUCUGAUUAAAAUGAUUAUACAUUGCAAAUGAUUGUAGAUUGUAGCUUGUAACAUAUACUUGUUUUACACAAGAAUGUAGUGUUUCUUUCAAAAUAUAACUUCUGUAUGUUCUAAGUUCUAAUAUUUACAACACCUACCUGCCCAAGUUUUAACGCUGUUUCGCUGUGUCAACCUUUAACUUAUACAUCUGUUUACUAGAUAUUUUUAUGAGGCUGCGAGGACACCAACAUUCAUACGCAGCUCGAACAGCUUCGCCUCGACAACGAGUGGCUCAUUUAACAACUUACGCAACAACAGGAGCAACAGCAACAGCAUCUAUAGAACAAUAUCUAGUUGGCGGGAGGCAACGGAGAAGCUCCACUUCUUAUCAACCUUGUACCGGCAGUUCAUCGCGCUGUUGUCAAGCUACUGCAAUUUUGGAACGACCGGCCUAGUAUAUUGUUCGCCCAAGCAGAUUCGGAAACAAACACGCUCAACAGCUCAUAACCAGUGAUUCGGUGCUAACUGGCAAAUUGGCCGCAUGCAUGUGUAAGAGGCAACGAGAACUAGCCGCCGAGGGAUGACGUUUGCAUUUGGGCGCGGGUCCGUGCGACGGGGCCCCAUAAUCUGUAUCGCCGCGCUACUCCUACUGCUGAUGCUCUACCAGCUAGGCGUCAUCUGCGUUGCACCUAAGGACCGAUACGGUUCCGUGAUGCUUGCCAAGCAGAAAUUUAUACUUAGCUCAAAUGAGCAGAAGAUGUAUCCUUACGACCGCUACAUGCCUCUGAUCUUCAUCGGAGGUGUGCCGCGUUCGGGGACGACGCUCAUGCGUGCUAUGAUGGACGCCCACCCAGAAGUCAGAUGUGGCCAAGAGACGAGGAUCAUCCCACGAAUACUGCAGAUGCGUUCGCACUGGCUCAAGUCGGAGCGUGAGAGCGUGCGUCUGGAGGAGGCUGGCGUGUCUAAAGAGGUGAUGGACAGUGCUAUUGCGGCGUUCUGUUUAGAGGUGAUUGCGAGACACGGCGAGCCUGCUCCACGGCUCUGCAACAAGGAUCCGCUGACCCUCAAGAUGGGCUCCUACGUGCUUGAUCUCUUUCCGAAUGCUAAGUUCAUAUUCAUGAUUCGCGACGGCCGAGCAACUGUUCACUCUAUCAUAUCACGCAAGGUGACUAUCACUGGUUUCGACCUCAGUUCCUAUCGACAGUGCAUGAUCAAGUGGAAUCAAGCGAUAUCGAUCAUGUAUAAACAAUGCAAGGAACUAGGCCCUGAACGUUGCCUGAUCGUGCCCUACGAGCAGCUGGUGCUACACCCACGCGACUGGAUGCGCAAAAUUCUGGUUUACCUCGACGUGCCCUGGAACGAAUCGGUCCUUCAUCACGAGCAGUUCAUCAAUAAGCCCGGCGGCGUACCACUCAGCAAGGUGGAGCGUUCCUCGGACCAGGUGAUCAAGCCAGUCAAUUUAGAAGCGCUGACGAAGUGGGUCGGUAAUAUACCAGAGGACGUAAUCCACGACAUGGCCGAAAUCGCACCCAUGCUCUCAGUCCUUGAUUACGACCCUUACGCCAAUCCUCCCAAUUAUGGCGCCCCUGAUAAGGUCGUCAGCGAUAACACCAGGAAGGUGCUGACCAAUGGCCGAGUCUGGAACAACAUGGCGCACGAGCUGGCAUUAGAGAAAACAUCAACCCAGACGAGCGUCAAUAAAACUAAUGCGUGACCGUCAGAACAUGACAGCUGGAUAACGCUCAUGCAACCUCCUUCGUUUCGGCCUGUCAAACUUAUCUAGCCUACAUUUAGGUUAUUUCUAUAGCUUUUUCAAGUCAGUCUUCAACGGUCCUGUCUUGACCGUUGCUCAUCAAAGCUAGCUUUAUUCCAUUAGUUUGCCAGUGUACGCAUAUGUGAAAAUGGAUUACAUUCAAUUCGACAUAUACCUGUCGAAGACAUCAAUGCAAACUACACAUAAUAUUAAAUUUAAUUUUUAAAAGAGAUCAGUAUUAGCGACUAGUAUUAUCUCUAGUCGACUAUUAAACUUUUAUUCAACUGACGUUCGAAUUCUCAAGAUUUAUGAUUUUUGUCUUUGUUAAAUAAAAUUUCAGAAUACAGUUUUUGCGACAAUGCUGUUACGUUCUAUAAUACUUGUUAAAUGUAUAGCUAGGUUAUAACAAUUGAUAAAAUCCGCGCCAGUUCUCGAAUCUUAUGCGACUUAUUUCUAGCAUGAAACUGCGCUUGGUCAUCUUAUGUCAUAUAUUUGUGACAUAGAACAACACUUUAAGGGAGAUUGCAGAUAAUCUAUCUAUAUUUCCCACUUUAUACACUACGAAAAUCUACUCUCUACAGAUAACAUACUUGCUAAAGGAUUUGACUGACCACACUUUUUCAUCACAUGCGAAACGGUAACUAAAAAAAUGAUAUUGUAUCGAACUAACAAUAAGCUUUUAGAUUUCAAUACACUCUCAAUAUGAGAUAAGAUGUUAAAAAAUAUUAAUAAAAUAAAACUAAAUAUGUGGUCAUAGUUUAUUAAAAAGAAGUCCUUCUAUUUAUUCUAAAAAAUGAGAUCUGCCAGAUUGACAUAUAGCUCACUUAUUCUGGUACAUAAUGGGUAAAAUAGUUUUAGAUGAAAGGUUGUACAAUUGCUUAUGAUUGUUUAUUUGUCAAGGAUUACGGUCGCGAAUCAUAGAAGAGUAGGCACAAAAUAGCUACGACAGCAUACACUUUAUUCAACAAGAUGUCAAACCGAACCUCCCUCAAAAGUAUUUAAUUUUUAUCUUGAUUCUUAUGCCUCAUAUUAAUGUUCCUGUAUGGCGAAUAGAAACUCUAGAUUACCAUUUCUCACUCUAAAAUUGUCGUUACAACUGAUUCUUUAUUAAUAAAG